AUGUCAUCAGGAGCUUCUAAUAUUAAUAUAGCGACCAGAACAAAUACCAACACAACUACCAACACCACUUUUAACUCAUCCUCUAAAUUAUUUUGUCAACUUCAUUCAAUUUCUCAAUCCUCUAAUUUGACUGGAAUUGGGUUGGGUAUAAAUUUGGGAGCUCCUAAUAACGAUCAAUAUAUAUUGCCAGAAAGGAUAAAGUUCAAAUAUAAACAUGCCAAUUCUAGUUUUUAUAGUGACAAGAGCAAAAGCACUAACAAUGGGAAUGAUAGCAAUAGCGUUACAAUGAAAUUGGUCAAAAGUUUUGAGAAUAUAAAUAAGAUAUCAAAGAGUGAAUCGAUUCAAUCAAAGAAUAUGAAUGAUUAUUAUAUAAAUUUUGCACCAUCACCGGAGAAAAAGAAUUAUGAAGGAAUAGCGUCAUCGCCAGAAGACAAUAUUCUUAAUGAGUAUGAUGAGCUUAAUGAAGGAAAGGAUAAUACGAUCCAUCGAAUUGAGACGGAUAAUACUGAUAUUGAUGAUAGUAUAUUACUGCAUGGUGAAGAAACCGGAAAUGAAUUUGAUUUUAGUAAUGAUCGUACGAGUGUUUUUGCAGAUGAUAAUACCAAUGAUUUUGCAGAUGACCAUGCAACAAAUUUUUUUGAUAACCAACCAUCACUUAUCAAUGGAUCAGCCAAUGAUAUUAUGAAUCUUUUGAGUAAAAGCAUUCAACGAAAUAAUUUGAACGGUGAUACUAGCUAUGAUACUAGCUAUGAUACUAGCUAUAAUAAUAAUAAUAAUAAUAAUAGAAAUACAAUAAUCAAUCCUAAUAGUGAUUAUGGGUAUAAUUAUAACUAUAAUUAUAAUUAUAAUGCGACGAUGGAUCAUAUUGAUUAUUCAGAUUCUGCAACUGAGCAUGGGAAUCAAAGCUUUUAUGAAUCGGAUGAUGGGUUUGAAGAUAUUCAAAGAGAAAAGUUGGUUUUAUCCAAGGCCAAGAUGAAUUUACACAAGUAUCUUAUGAACGAACACUCCAGCAUAUUAGAAGAGGAUAAGAAUCAAGGAUCUAUUCUUUUUGAAGACGAAGAUGGGAAUUUUUCAGAUAUUGGCAACAGCCAAGUUGAGAUACUACCAUUUGAUAUCAUUGCAGAGACCCAUUACAAAGACACUGAAUUGGAUAGAGCAAAUAGUGUGGAUUGGGACGAAGGCGAAAUAAAAAAAGAUACUCGAAAAUUUCAUACAGUGAGUGAAUAUUUUGAUAAUAUAGACUCUAAUUGA